CACACACAGACUCAUGGAGAGAUUAGCAUUUUUGGUUGGUGUUAUAGGGAACAUAAUCUCAGUUUUUAUGUUUGUUUCCCCAGGGAUGACAUUUGUGAGGAUAGUGAAGAAGAAAUCGACAGAGGAGUUUGAGAGUAUUCCUUACAUUUGUACAUUGCUAAGUUCAUGUCUAUGGACAUACUAUGGAAUCACAAAGCCUGGGAGUUUUCUUGUAGCAACUGUCAAUGGUUUUGGUGUCCUCGUUCAAAUCAUUUUUGUCGUCUUGUUUCUCAUUUUCGCCCCUCCCCACAAACGGGGUAAGACAGCAGUACUAGUUGGAAUAGUGAAUAUUGGGUUAUUAGGAGGAGGAAUAACAGUAUGUAAAUACUUAGUGUUGGAUGAGGAAUUGAGGAUUGAUAUAAUUGGGUUGAUGUGCUCUGCCCUUAAUAUUGUCAUGUAUGCUUCUCCUCUUUCUGCCAUGAAAAGGAUGGUGAGGAGAAAGAGUGUUGAGUAUAUGCCAUUCCUUGUCUCAUUUUCCCUUUUCUUGAAUGGAGGGAUUUGGACUUUCUAUGCCGUGCUUGUGCAAGAUUGGUUUCUUGGAGUACCAAAUGCAAUUGGAUUAAUGCUGGGAACACUGCAGCUCAUCCUUUAUUUCAUUUAUAAAUACUUGUUAUCAUCCAAAACUACUAAUUGCGGAUGCCACAAAGACCCCCUUCUUCAACCCCACGCAACCUGUUGAGCAUUAAUAUAAGC